AUGGAUAUUCGGGGAGAUGAGUUGCCAAAAAUUAGGCAGAACAGUUUGACCAAGGGAUUUACUGCAGAAACAUCGGCCAACGCUACAGUUCUCACAAUCACUGCUUUCACAGUGGAACGAUACGUGGCUAUCUGUCAUCCUUUUCUGUCGCACACUCUCUCGAAGCUAAACAGAGCGAUCAAGUAUAUCAUCUUCAUCUGGGCAGUGGCGAUGUGUCUGGCUGUGCCGCAAGCUAUGGCGUUGGGGAUUGUCUGCGAGAAAUUUAACGGUUAUGUCCGUGAAGAUUACUGCGUCUGCAACGUCAAGCGUCAAGUCAUUCCACACGCUUUCGAAAUAUCCUUUUUCGUAUUCUUCGUAGCCCCAAUGUCCCUAAUUACAAUACUCUACAUUUUCAUCGGGUUGCAGCUUCGGAAAUCCACCGUGGGACCUUCUAGAGGAAACAGCGUCAAGAUGAGGCAUCGGGUCUACAAACCUGUAGUAACCUACAUGCAUCCUUCCACGCAGGUCAUAGUAAUGAACCGAGGAGGAACUGUCGGUGAAGUUGUUGAACAAGGAGAGGAAGAGGGUAGGAAGAACUUCGCGAGAAGUGCUCAAGCCACAAAACAUGUCGUCAAGAUGUUGGAGCAAAAUUUACAGCGUGCUUGUUUAGCAGGUGGAGUUGGAUUGUCCAUAGAUGGUUCUUGUGAGUCUUUAGUUCUUGGAAAAUUUUUCCUGCAAAGGAUAGUGUUUUCCUAA